GUACUCUGUGACGAAGCCGGAAGGAAGUAUCACUGAAGACUACAUGCUUUAAAAAGUCUGCAGGCUAGUGUUAGCUACAGUUAGCAUUAUUUUUUAUUUCGAACGGCCUUUCUCUCCUGGAAGAAAUGCCUUCGUUAAACGGACAAACUGAUGUUAUGUUUGAUGACGAUGAUCUGCCUUAUGAAGAGGAGAUUAUCCGGAACCCAUACUCAGUCAAGUGCUGGAUGCGUUACAUCGAAUUCAAACAGAAUGGGCCGAAAUCCACCCUCAACAUGAUAUAUGAGCGGGCUCUGAAAGAGCUGCCGGGCAGCUAUAAGCUGUGGUACAAUUAUCUUAGAGAGAGACGGAAACAAGUCAAAGGGAAAUGUAUCACUGAACCAGGCUAUGAAGAAGUCAAUAAUUGCCAUGAAAGGGCACUGGUGUUCAUGCAUAAGAUGCCUAGAAUAUGGCUUGAUUACUGCCAGUUCCUUGUGUCUCAAUGCAAGAUCACAAGAAGUCGGCAAACAUUUGACCGGGCACUUAGAGCUCUUCCUGUUACUCAGCACCCACGCAUCUGGCCUCUAUAUCUCCGCUUUGUCCGUAACCUGCCCCUGCCAGAGACAGCCAUCCGGGUGUACCGCAGGUACCUUAAGCUUUCUCCAGAGAAUGCAGAGGAAUACAUAGACUACUUACGGUCUGUUGGCCGCUUGGAUGAAGCAGCUGUGCGACUAGCAGCUGUUGUCAACGACGAAAGCUUUGUGUCUAAAGAGGGCAAGUCUAACUAUCAACUGUGGCAUGAGCUAUGCGACCUGAUCUCCCAGAACCCUGAUAAGGUCACCUCUCUGAAUGUAGGAGCCAUCAUCCGAGGAGGCCUCACUCGCUUCACUGACCAACUUGGAAAACUCUGGUGCUCUUUAGCUGACUAUUAUAUCAGGAGUGGUCACUUUGAGAAGGCCCGUGAUGUGUAUGAGGAGGCCAUCCUUACGGUGGUAACAGUAAGGGAUUUCACACAAGUGUUUGAUAGUUAUGCCCAGUUUGAAGAGAGCAUGAUUGCAGCGAAGAUGGAGACCACUGCUGAGAUGGGGCAGGAUGAAGAUGAUGACAUAGACAUGGAGCUUAGACUGGCCCGCUUUGAGCAGCUGAUAGCCCGGCGGCCCCUCUUGUUGAACAGUGUACUACUACGGCAGAACCCUCAUAAUGUCCAUGAGUGGCACAAACGGGUAAAACUGUAUGAGGGCAAUCCACGGCAGAUCAUCAACACAUACACUGAGGCUGUUCAGACUGUGGAUCCAAUGAAGGCCACAGGGAAGCCUCACUCUCUCUGGGUUUCCUUUGCUAAGUUCUAUGAGGAAAAUGAGCAGCUGGAUGAUGCCAGGACGAUUUUUGAGAAAGCCACCAAGGUGAACUACAAGCAGGUGGAUGACCUUGCUGCAGUGUGGUGUGAAUAUGGAGAGAUGGAGCUACGCCAUGAGAACUAUGAACAGGCACUGCGCAUACUGAGGAAAGCUACAGCCAUCCCAUCCAAGAAAGCUGAGUACUUUGAUGCAUCUGAGCCAGUCCAAAACAGAGUCUACAAGUCCUUGAAGGUCUGGUCUAUGCUGGCAGACUUAGAGGAGAGUCUUGGCACUUUCCAGUCUACAAAAGCAGUGUAUGACCGCAUUAUUGACCUCCGCAUCGCCACGCCACAGAUCAUCAUCAAUUAUGCCAUGUUCCUUGAAGAGCACAACUACUUUGAGGAAAGCUUCAAAGCAUAUGAGCGUGGUAUCGCUCUCUUCAGGUGGCCAAAUGUUUAUGACAUCUGGAACACUUACCUCACCAAGUUCAUUGAUCGUUAUGGGGGCAAGAAGCUGGAGAGAGCUAGAGAUUUAUUUGAACAAGCCCUGGAUGGCUGCCCUGCCAAGUUUGCCAAGACCAUUUACCUCUUGUAUGCCAAAUUGGAGGAGGGAUAUGGAUUGGCACGACACGCCAUGGCUGUCUAUGAAAGAGCAACGCAGGCAGUAGACACUGAGGAGAGACAUCACAUGUUUAAUAUCUACAUCAAGAGAGCAGCUGAAAUUUAUGGAGUCACAUAUACCAGAGCAAUUUACCAGAAAGCUAUUGAGGUCCUUCCUGAUGAGCAUGCAAGGGACAUGUGUCUGCGAUUUGCUGACAUGGAGAGUAAACUGGGUGAGAUUGAUCGGGCCAGAGCAAUCUACUCCUACUGCUCCCAGAUCUGUGACCCCAGGGUGACUGCUAAUUUCUGGCAGACCUGGAAAGAAUUUGAGAUCCGCCAUGGAAAUGAGGACACUAUUAGAGAAAUGCUGAGGAUCAAACGCAGUGUCCAGGCCACAUACAACACCCAGGUCAACUUUAUGUCCUCUCAGAUGCUUAAGGCCACAACAAGCUCCACAGUGUCAGAUCUUGCUCCUGGCCAAAUGGUAAUUGAUGACAUGAAGAUGCUGGAGCAGAAAGCACAGCAGCUUGCUGCAGAGGCCGAGCAAGACAAACCCAAGCCCAAAGAGAAGAUUCUCUUUGUCAGGAGUGACACCUCUCGCAGUGAGUUGGCUGAGCUUUCCAAACAAGCCAAUCCUGAUGAGAUCGAUAUUGAUGAUGAUGACGAGGAUGAAGAUGAUGAAAACCAGGGACCAGAUGAGGUGCAACUUGAACAGAAGAGUGUCCCCACAGCUGUCUUUGGUGGACUUAAAGAUGACUGAAAGAGCCCUCCCUCACUGAAUAUUGCAAAAUGCAGUCUUCUGAUUUUUCUUGUAGAGAGAAAGCCUCCAUUUUUAAAUUUGUGUAAAUGCUCAGUUGUAUCCACUUUAUUUUAAUAGAAUAAGACAUGAGUGAAAAACAAAAUGGCAGCAUUUGUGCCUUCUAUGUGUUUUCCUGGUGGAUGUUUGUAGUACAGUAUACAAAGAUAUGAGCUAUAUUAGUAUUGGCCAUAUGGUGUCAGUCGUUCUCAAGUAUGAAGCUCAAGAUAAUUGUACAAUUGAGCAAUUUUCUGUUAUGAAAUACUAAUAUGUGGUUACAUGAUAACUGUAACUGAAGUCUGAUGUAGUUUGACUUUGUUUCUGAACAACAUUUUGUAAAACAGUUAAUAGUGAAAACACUUUUGUACACCUACUAAAUGCAGAGAUCUUUCUCUGACAGGACGCUCUGCCCUAGAAAACACGGGGGAGGAGCAUAGUUUCUUAAACGGGGCAUUUAUUUGAAAGUGGAGCUGAGCAUUCAAGUCUCACAUUGUUGGCUUCAGGAUGACUAGUAGAUGGGUGUCUUGCAACCCAAUGUUUCUGAUCAGAUUACAUACUUGUAUACAUGUCUCCGUUCAAAUAUUAAAAUCGUGUUGUAGUUGUACAUGUAGUAUUGUAAGUACACUCAAGGAACAGUUUGUAUGACUGAUUGGGGCUGUAAAAAUUUUGAAAACAACUUGUAAUUCAAUAGCCCUGCAGGAAAUGCUAAUUUGGAAGAGUUCCCAAUGCCCAUUUUUUGUUAUAGUUGCAGGUGUUCACUUGGCUUACUCAUCAUAUUUGAGGCUAUAGGAAGUAAUGCUGUAGAUUUGUAUUUCAGUCAGCGUUGUCAAGAGGCUACUUGUGACCCAAUGCAGUCUGACAGUUUUGGUAUACAAAAUGAUUUUUGGAUGUUUUGCUAUUGUCACACUGCAUAGGUUUUCAGUGUUUGUGAGUUAUGCACCAGCAAUUCUGGCUGUGACAAGCUGGUCUCUUAUCUCAGAAACAUUUGUUACAUUGUCUUGAAAACGCAGUUGUAAUAAAAAUGGAUUUAUACCUGU